UAUAAAGAUUGGGCUGUGUUGGGCUGACACUGGCCUGGGAGCUGCCAAGUGCUGGAGAGAGAAGCCAUGAGUUUGCAGGAGGACAUACUAGAGGGUGAUGAAAAGGCCCUUCUUGCUAAGAAGCUACUGGCAGAAGCCUGUGAGAAAGAAGGACUGGAUAGUAUGUACUGGCUCCCCAAACUGUCAGAGACACUGGGUGUCAAGUCCAGAGAAGCCCUGAAACACCUGGAAUAUGAAGACUACCUUAAGCUGGAGUGUGAAGUACGGUACCCCUGGGAAACAAAGGCACUCUGGAAACUGCUGGAACUAACAGACAACAAAGCAACUUCUGAGGAGCUGCAGAAGGAGCGUUUGGAGAUGACAAAGCAAAGGCAAGAAGAGGCCAAGCUAGUCCUGAAGGAGCUGAAAGAAAUGCACAACAGCCGCAGCCUCAGCAAGGAUGUUCUAAGGCAGAAGGAGGAGGCUCUGUGGAAAGCCAUGGAGAUUCCCAAAGAGUACUGGGCACCGCUGGAGAAGUCACUGGAGGGUGUGCUGGAGAGCAUCCAGAAGCAUCUGGAGCAGCAGGAGUCUUUGGUGAGCAGCGGUCAGAACGUCUCUGACGUGGAGGUGCUGAGGCGGGCGUCGGGAGGACUGGCCCUGCAGGGCAUCUACCAGACCAGCAGCCUCACGGACGUGCUGGCCAGGCGAGAGCAGCUCAUCAGGGCUCCCGAGGGAUUCAAGCUUUCUGGUCCAGAGCAAGGCUCGCUGCUUGAGAGGAAGGAGUUCUCCUCUUCUGCAGCAGAAGCCGCUUUCACCAAGUCCAUGGAGCAGCUGGGGUUCAGUAUCAGCGUCUCUGCCAAAGCCGGCUUCUGGGGGUUUCAUGCUGAAGCUGGUGUAGAUUACAGCAGCUCCUCACAGACAGAGAACAUCCACCAGACCCGCUCUGACCAGAGCUACCUUUGCACCACCAAGUACCAGUACAUCCCUCUGGCCUCCUGCUACUUCCAAAAGCAUCAGCUUCGCCUCUCGGAUGCGGCCCUGCAGGAGCUACAAGUCAUCGAGCACCUUCUGAGCAUCACUCAGGAAGCAGACAGGCCCAACAUGCUGAAGAGCAGGUGUGAGAGCUUCUUCGGCAGGUUUGGGUCCCACGUAAACCAGGGUCCCAUCCACUUUGGGGGGAUCUUUUGGUGGAAGGCAUCUAUAGAAGGAUUCAGGGCUGAGCAGAGGGAAGAGGUGAGGCAACAAGCAUCUGAAGCACUGAAUAGCUACAUCGAGGCCAGCUACAAAGGCUUUGGUGUCAGCUUGGGAGUGGACAUCGAUGUUUCAAAGUCCAGCUUACAGGCUUCUUUAGAGAGAAAGGACAAAAACAGUGCCCAGAGAGAGGUCCAGCUCUGUGUGGUCAACACAGGGGGCCCAUCAGAGACACCUUCUCUUCCUCAGUGGAAAAUGGGGCUUGUAGCUAAUAACAAAACCUGGUGUGUUAUUGACCGUGGCUUUCAGCUGAUCCCGGUGUGGGAUGUAAUCCUGUUCAAUCACAGCAGCGAUUUUAAGUCCAUCUAUCAAAUGAGCAGCAGCCUCAGGGCUGCGUACGAAGCGCUAACGGAUCACAGCGUCGGCAGCGUGUUUGGAGAGGAACUGCUCAGCGCAGUGGAAGAGGCCAGAGCUUUCAUGGAGUACGUGAAGACCUGGGAGGUGGCGGUGGAUGAAAAGAAACUGCUCACGCUGAUAGACGUCAAACAGAACCUGAAUGAAAAAACCCAAAACCACAGUGUCUGGAUCAACGUCUGCCUGUCGCACAAAGCGCUGCAGGAGUUCCUGGCGAAUACCGUUCUCUUGUGCAAGGAGUCCCCUCCAGAAAACACCAUCUAUAUCAAGACUCUGUUGAGGUGCCUCCUGGAUCCUCACAUCUAUUCUGUCAAGGACUUCCCCAGGUCUUCCUUCAUUAUGCAAUGGAUCUUCCAGACCGAGCGCCAGCUUCCCGAAACUCCCAACGUUGCUGAGCUUGAAGAUCUCACCAAGACACUGCUGCAAAUGAAGCAGCUGAUCCAGGACGUCACGUACGCACCAGAAGCCUCUGCAUCUGCCAUUCACGAAGCAAAGAUAAAAGCCUCCUUGACUGCAAGCCUAUCUGUCUAUUCCUUACUCCGGUUUCUCCAGGAAAGAGGACAGAAAGACAUGGAGCUGUUGGUGCUCUUAAUUACGACCAGCGUGGGAUACCGGGCGGAAAGGAGCACUUUUCAGUACCUGCUCGGAUAUCCAGAAAUUAACUUCAUGAUAAAUGAAAUGCAGACGGGGCAGAAGGAGUACCUGAGUCUGAAGGAGCAAGAUGUUUACAGAGCCCAGGCCUUCCUGCUGCUGACGGGUCUGACCGUAACCCCUGAAAAUAAAGCGGUGUCCCCUGAGCAGAAGAGCGAGCGUUUAGUUUUCAUGGAAGAGCAGAUGGAAAACGUGUGGUGCACGGAGAUAAAGAAUCUCCUGGAAAAGCACAGCCCAUCCAGAGACUGGGAGAUGCUGGAACGUGACUUGCAGUCCUUCAUCAGUGGGCGCUUGGAUGACACACGUGACGACCUGAAGCAGCACAGCAUCAUCAAAGACAUGGAGGACACGUUCCAAAGAGCAGAGCCUUCCAGUGAGUGCAAAUCCAAAUCAGACGGCAGCGUUCCCGAAGCAAACCAAGCCGUUGCCAACCAGGAGUUCCUCCUCUUGCUGAAGCGCCUUGGACUAGAAAGGCACUACCCGAGGAAAAUGGGGACAGAAGAUUUCCACAUCAUCUAUGAGACAUCUUUACAUGACAGCCAGCCCAGCAAGGACAGUGAGCUCCCGUUUUACUUCUUGCAAAAGCUGUUAACCGUGGACUAUCGGGUGAGGUACCUGACUUGCAAGGACGAGGGCAGCCCAGGACUGGGCCGUGUGCCAACAACCGCAGAGCAAGAGCAGGAACCCUCGGGGUCCUUUGAUGAUUUUUUGGCUGAUUUGGAGGAAGAAGCCCCUGAACCUGCAAGCGGGAGCAGUCGUGUGCACCCCAUGGACCUUCAGAUGGCCAUUUUCCACUGCGCUGAUGAUUUCAUGAGACAGUACAUUGCAACAAAGCUGGCUUUCUGCCAAUUUGCGCUGCCUCUCCUGGUCCCCAACCCCUGCACUUCACAGAUAGAGUUCCCCCUCUGGUCGCUCAGCCAAGUGAAAAAGAGCUGGAAAGCGACUGAGAAGUGGGGAAAGGAGGCCAAAAUGAAUAGUUACAAAAACAAGCCCAUUUAUCAGGCAGAGACGCCCAUCGUGUCCUUCAUACGCAUCGGCAGCUCUCCCUCCUCUUCCAAGUCUCAGCUCCUGAAUGCUCUGCUGAGCAGGCAAAAGCACAACGCUUUUUUCCACCGACACUGCAAGAGCAGCACCAAAGAGUGUUUACUGAUGACAGGUGUUGUGGAGAUCUCCUGGUACUGUCCCCGGGGCAGCGACGACGACACCUUUGACUGCUGCGUCGCCUUCUGUAACCUGCACGGAGACGCAAGGGACCACGAGAAACAGCUGGGGUUUUUACAGGAGAUCUCUGCCGUGAACGUGGCGCUGGUAUCCGAGUCUGACCAGAGUGACAAGAAAGGCAUGAACAUUUUACGUGAGCUGUGGCAGUCACAAAGGCCUUUGCUUUGCCUUUUCACUGAGAAAGAGAAUGUUGCCGCUGGCCGAUCUGGCCAAAACAUUAGGAUGGGUAUCAAGAACAGAAAUGAAGCAGAACUAAUGGGUGAACUGACACAGACGAUCAGGGACCUCCUGGAAGGGUCUCACACGCGUUUCAGCCUGGACGCCUGCCUGGACAAGGCUCGCCAGCACGGAUUCUCAGUCGAUGAAGAUAAGGCCGCGUGUGUGACAGCCAAAGAAAAGGCAAAGGAGCUGGUGAAGCUUCUGAAGAAAGAGAAGCUAUUUGAGAUCAAGUCCCAGCUCCUGCCUCUUCAAGGAAAACUGUGGUACAUGUGGUGCAAAAAGGACAAAGAGCUCACUCGCUUGCAGGAGAAGAAGAACAAGAGCAUAGAGCAUCAUCGGAGCCAAAUUGAAACCGAGAAAGCAGCAAUAAGAAGGAAGCAACUAGACAAAGCGUUCCCCCUCAACGAGCUGAUGAGAUCGGUCCUUGGCUUUCUCCAGUCACAGCCAGCAGAUACCAAGAAAUACUUCCUGCAGUGGAUGAAGGUCUUUAUGGACGACCUGUCCUCUGACCGCCUCGACGAACUGAAGAGAGAGUAUCACAAGUUAUGGUCUAAAAUCCUGUCCCUAAAGAAAAGCAAUGAUAAAACCCAUCAGAAGUCCCUGUUGCUGAGUCAGCUCGAUGCUCUCUCCAAUGAAAUCGACGAUUCGUCCAUUGGCCUUGAGCAUCUUUUGAGAGAGGUAGGGCAGAUUUAUGAAGCUCUAGAGUCAAUGAACUCAAAGGAUAAAUGUUUUGCCAAACUCCCUGCAAUUGCAGCUGACCUGAUGGUUUCUGGGUAUCCCAUCGAGCUGAUGGAUGGCGACGCUUGUUACGUGCCAUUGCGAUGGGUCGGAGCGAUCUUUGACAGUUUACUUGAGAAGCUGGGGGACAAGCGAGUGUUUGUUCUCUCGGUGCUUGGCAUCCAGAGCACGGGGAAGUCAACCCUGCUGAACGCCAUGUUUGGCCUUCAGUUCAACGUCAGCGCAGGGAGAUGCACGCGGGGAGCGUUCAUGCAGCUGAUUAAAGUGGAUGAGAAGCUGCAGCAAGAUCUGGACUUUGAUUACAUGCUGGUUGUUGACACAGAGGGACUGCGUGCCAUAGAGAUGGCCAACAAACAGUCCCUUAAUCAUGACAACGAGCUGGCCACCUUUGUCAUUGGCAUUGGCAACAUGACUCUGAUCAACAUCUUUGGAGAAAACCCCUCAGAAAUGCAAGACGUCCUUCAGAUCGCUGUGCAGGCUUUUCUCAGGAUGAAGCAAGUAAACCUUUCCCCAAGCUGCCUGUUUGUACACCAAAACGUGGGAGAAAUAACUGCCAAGGAGCAGAACAUGGAAGGACAAAGGCGUCUGCAGGAAAGGCUGGAUGAAAUGGCUGUGACAGCUGCCCAGCAGGAAUUCAGCGACAUCUCCUGCUUCAGCGACGUCAUCCGCUUCGAUGUGAACACCCACAUUCAUUACUUUGCUCACCUGUGGGAAGGAAACCCCCCGAUGGCACCACCCAACCCCACCUACAGCCAGAACGUCCAGGAGCUGAAGAGCAAAAUUCUCCAGGCUGCCAAGAAGGAGUCGCAGGGCAGCAUUUUGAGGCUCUCGAGCUUGAAAGUUCGCAUUAGUGACCUCUGGAAUGCCUUGCUGAACGAAAACUUCAUUUUCAGCUUCAAGAAUUCCGUGGAGAUUGCUGCCUACAAGAAACUGGAAACCGCAUUUAGUCAGUGGACCUGGAAGCUGAGGAGCCACAUCUUGGACACGCAAAUGAAACUGGACAAUAAAGUUCGGAAUGGGGACUUGCAGAAGGUCACCAGAGAAGACCUUGAAAACCUCGUGAAAGACACAAGUGAUGCCAUCAUGAAAGACAUGGAGAAGUAUUUCAGUGAAGACAAAGACUGUGAGAUACUGGUCCAGUGGAAAGGCAGCACGGAACUGAAGCUGAAGGAACUCAGGGAGGCUCUUCUUCUUGAAACUAAAAAGAAGUGUGAGAAUCUUAUUGAAAUAAGGAAGAACCAGUGUAAACUGGAUGACAGGAAGUCUGAGUACGAAAACGAGCUCCUGAAAAGGAGUAGGGAGUUGGCUCUGUCUCUAAAAGGCCAGAGACUUAGUGAAAGAGAACUGAGAGACAACUUUAUUUCUCUCUGGGCCACCUGGAUUGCUGAGGUCUCCUCUGCUUCCCCACCUCAGGAACAUGUUGAUAUCGACGCGGACAUAGAAGAUGUCCUCCUAGAGUACUUUAAGGAGCCUAAGUUACAUGCACGAAUCAAGGCAUUUCCAAAGGACAGAAUAUUUUCUGUUGACUGGGAGAAACAUGUUGCUAAGAAAAGAUCUUGGAAACUCUGGGGUGGGGAUUUAGACAACACUAACAGGAUAAUCAUGCAGCGCAUUACAGAUAACAUCAUAGAGUGUGUGAGUGCAAACAUUGACGUGAAAGAAAAGGAGAAGAGGGAUUACAGUCGAAGUUUUAUUCAUGAAAUACUAAAUGAAGUAGAGAAAGGUAUGAGCUCUGUGCCUAGCCAUGUCAAAUGCAGUUUUAAUAAAGAUUACAGAAUAGAUUUAUCACUCUAUCUGUGCAGAAUGGCAGCAGGAAGGUUUAAAGCCAUGCAUGAAGCAUUCGAAAGAGCAAAUGAUCCAUGCAUCUACCUGGAGAACAAGAGAGAAGAUUUCUUCAAAUGUUUCCAGAUUUCCUGCCAAGGAGCCACUUCCAUCACAACAUUUGCUGUUUUCCUGUGUGACAAGGUUGGCCCAGCGCUUCGCGAGGCGGUCUAUGAGAGGACGUCUCUUGUCAUAGCGCGAGACGUGAAGGGUAAGAUCCCAGACUUCAGCGGCAAUAAAUCCACGCUGGAAGUUUGCAUCCUGAGGUACCUGGCCCAAGAAGAAAAUUUUGGGAAAUUCAAGCAGUACCUUGAUAACCCAAGAAAAUUCUUAGAGACUUACAUUGAGACACGUGUUGAGAAGUACUGCUUAGGUGAGAACAGGAGGCUGGAGAAGUUUUUUGAUGACUCCCUCACUCACCUCUACGAAAGCAUCCAGUCAGCUGUUUUUGCAUCCACCAAUGUUGUCAAAGACAGAAGUGACCGAAAUGACAAGAUCUCUCUUUGGCUGGAUGAGUUUUGCAAUGCGCUUGGAGAGGUGCUGAACUUGCCCAGAAGGGACCUGAAAGGCCUUGAGCAUCAGGAGAUAACAGACAUAGAGUUCCUGAAUAAUGCCAUGGCAGAAGCACUGGCUCCCCUGAAGGAUGGUCUGAAGAAGGAGCUUGCUAGUGCUGAUAUGACCUCGUUUGUUAGGAAGCCUCACAUAAUCCUGGCUGAACAGUUUUCAGGGUGCUGGGAGCGGUGUCCCUUUUGUGGGGGUGUUUGUACAAACACCAUGCCAAAUCACGACGGAGAACAUCUCCUUUUUUACCAUCGUCCGAAAGCUUUGACAGGAUGGAAGUGGUAUGGAACAGACCAUCUGGUCAUUGAUAUUUGUACUAGUAGUGUUGCAAGCACCUGUUCAUUCACGUUGGAUGGAGAGAAAUGGUUUCCCUACAAGACAUACCGGGAUGCGGGACCACCUUACUCCACUUGGAACAUUCCUCCCGAUACAUCCACGCAAAAGUACUGGAAGUGGUUUGUGUGUCGUUUCAGCACGGAGCUAGAACAACUUUACAAAAGGAAAUUUCAAGGCAGAGGAGAAAUCCCUGAUUCGUGGCGGAUAGUUACCAAGCAGGCGGCACUUGAUGAACUCACGAAGCUUUAGGGCAAGUUGAUAAUGAAGGCAGAAGCACAACUGCUUUGUAUUUUAGAGGAACAUAGCACAAAUUUAUCCACACAAUAUUGUUGUAACGACUACCACCUCAAUGCACACGAAGAAGACGAUAUCUAAUUGCUCACAAAGUUUCGUGAAAUCAGGCUUGCUCCUCCUGCUACCACUCAGAAAUCCUCUUGCUUCAGGAUAAAGUCACAAUCCUCUUCUUGCCAUAAACUUUUGCCUCUGUGUCAUGGUUUGACAUGACAGCCUUUUCUGGUGAUGGGGAACGGGCUGUAAAAAUAGCUCCUGUAAGCAGUUGCUCAAAACUCUCCCCAGCUCUGAGCCAGACCCACUUCUGGGGCUGAGCCAAUUAGAUGCCUCCACGAUCACUUUUUAAGAAGAAGCCGGAAGAGGAGGCUUCUUCCUUCUUCUUCUUCCUGUUUCUUCCUUCUUCUGCCUCUUCUUUUUCUUCUGGCUGGUGGUGGUGCAAGGAGUAGGAACAGUGAAAGAAACAACCAUGCGGACUCCAAAGUCAGUGAUGAAAAAGAUGAGGAGAUGUGCUGGAGCAGAGACUCUCCUGCAUUCUAUGGAGAGAACUGGUGAAGCAGAGAUUUAUUUUCAUUUCUUUAAAGACCCCACAUCGGUGGUAGAGACUCAUUUUGAUAAUGAGCCUGUAUCAGAGGCAGAGACUCGUGUAACUACAGCUGGCUCCGGACCAGGAGCAGCAAUUCACCUGCCCCAAGCCAGGGACAGUGACUAUGGCCAGAGGAGGCCAUGUCCCAAAGGAGGGACCCAGUGAAGUGUCACUGCAGACCCCGAGCCAGGGACAAUGAUUUUCUUCUUUAAAACUAUGGCUGGAGCAGGCUAUGUCCCGAGGAAGGUACCCAAUAUCCAAAGCUAUAACUGUGGGAAGGAGCCUAUGACAAAGCAGCUCAUUAAACUUAUGCCCAGAAGAGUCCUUGUCCCAAGAGAGGGACCCUAUAACUGCAGAAACUGCAACCAUGGUGAAGAAUCCACAGCGCAGAUAUUCACCAAGGACUGUGUCUCGUGUGAGGGACCCUGUGUCGGCAGAAGCCGCAGCUGCUGGGAACAACCCACACCAGAGAAGUUUGUUAAGGACUGUGGUUCGGGAGAGGGACCCCAUGUCAGAGCAGGGGAAGAAUGCCAGGAGUCCUCCUGAUCUGAGAAGAGAGAAGCGGCAGAGCCCAUCUGUGAGAGACUGACCACAUCCCCCAUUCCCUGCCCCCCUGAGCCGUUGAGGGGGGAGGAGGUAGAGAUAUCGGGAGCAGUGAGCUGGGCCCGGUAAGAAAGGAGGAAUAGGGGAGGGAGAUCUUAAAGUGCUGGUUGUAAUUUUCUCAUCACCCUUUUUGCUUUUAUUCCAUUCUGUUUCUUGUAGAAUAAACUUUCCUACUUUCCUCUCUAAGUCAAGUACUGAAGUCUGUUUUGCCUGGAACCAUAAUUGGCAGUGAGCCCUCCCUGCCCUUGUCUUAAUCCACAACAACCUUGCUUAUCUUUUUACUCCCAUUUUGCUGGGGCCCCCACCAUUCUAAUGAGGGUGGAGGUGAAUGGGGGCACUGAGUGAGAGUCUGUCGUGGAGCUGCUGUGCUAGCUGGGCCAAACCACGACACUCUGCUUUGUCUUAAAGCAGUUCUUGGAACAUUCCUGCAGUCACCAGUCAUAUACCCAAGAUGAAGACGAAGGGUGCAACACUGAACACAGCACUCAAGCUGCGGCCUCACCAGGGCCCAGCACAGGGGAUGGCCACUACCCUGGGCCUGCUGCCCUGGAGCAAAGGCAGCAUUUAAAGGCACCAAAUUUAUCAGCUGUUAUGAAAAAACAAGUGACUCUGACAAAAACUAUAGUUUUCCUGCAGCAAGUACUUGUGAUGCCUAAAGAAAUGGCUACAGAACCUGGAAGCAGCUCAAGCCUGGUUGCAAGUGUUUUGCCUUUUGGGAUCACCAUUGCCUAUUGACCCCCUUCUGGAUAAUCUGAGCGCAUACUCAGCUGAGCAGCUGUGCUGUCUGUGAUAUUCUUAAAGCAGCUAACACAACAGCCUGUGUGAUUUAGGUCGCGGUUGAACUCCAUGUUCAUCAGGUAUACUUCAUAUGCUAAGGUGAGCCAUUGCUAUUCAAGUGCCUGGGCCUGCUGAGCACUGCUCCAGCUCUUAGCCACAACAGUGACUGCUCUUGCCAUUUGCUGAACUACAAGGCAAAAGCUUUGGUAUCACGGGUGCAGAGAAUUACAUGUCUUUGCAGCUCCCUCGGUAGCCAUCAGCGGAGAAUGACGUUGGUGUUUGUGCCUUCAAGAGAGGCUGGUGGCAACAGAGCCCUGGUGUGGAGAAGAUGGGACCAGCUGGGAUGGCACCAGUGAGGGGACUGGUGGUUUUUGCUGUGCAGUUCCUGCAAUGCCACUGGAAAUCCAAGGACCAAGCCCUCCUGGGGAGUUGGCCAAAGUGAAGAUUCAGCAUCAUCCAUUGUUGUCUUUGCUAAUAAACUAGUGCAGUUGGGCCAGACUGCUGUCUGUAUCCUUCACUUUCAGGUGAGCCACAGUUGUGUGUGACUUUGGGGUUUGUGCUGUGAGGCACAGGCAAUGCUGUGAGGCAACUGGGUGAUGGUCUGUGGAAGGAGUGUCUGCUCCUUUCAGGGUGUCUGGUCAAGGGACCACAAGAAGGGGAGGAAGCCAUAAAGAAGAACAUCCAGUUGGACAAAUCUGAGCAACAAAUGAUGAGGGAGGCAGUGAUGGGAACCAAGCCUGGUCAGUCACGCUAACCGAUGCAUGGGAAGGUGAGCAGGUUGACUCCAGCAAGGUUAUCUGAUCAGGGAGCUGGUCAGCUGGGAAACUAAGGGAAAAAAGGGGAAGGAAGCCCAAAACAUACCAAGACCUGACAAAACAGACAUGGAGGCAAUGACAGGAAACAGUCUUUGUCAGUGUGGGUGUGCUCUGCAAGGAGUAAUUACUUACCAGCAAGAAACUGUAUAAGCUUGGAAUAGAAAUUAGAGAAGGAAUGAGGUAAAAGAAUGUAGAAACUGCUACUGUUAAGAUAGUAACAUAGUUAAGCUUAACAAAUCAUAUUCUGCUAUUAGGUGCGUGAACAGAGCGUGAUAGACUGAGCUAUCCAAUCACAACAGAAUACAUCACGUAUUUAGAAAAGAAUAACAUAUCUAAUGUGGUUGAAUGCUAAAAUAAAGGCCUUCUGCAUUGAU